AUAAAUAUAACAGAGUGGCGACACUUUUUGGACUCCGUUGUAGCGUUUUUUGCCGCCUACUUCCGGGGUAUGGAACAUCGCAUAGUUCCAAAACAUCCAUUUACGGCGUAGGAGAUCAUUCAUUUCCAUUGCUGGCCGUCGAGUAACUUCUGAGGUAAAAACAGCAUCGCAGAACCCACCACUCUCUGGACCGUCAGGAUGGUCAACGUGCUGAAGGGAGUUCUGGUCGAAUGUGACCCUGCUAUGAAGCAAUUCCUCUUAUACCUGGACGAGACCUCUGCACUAGGAAAAAAGUUCAUUAUCCAGGACCUUGAUGACACGCACGUCUUCAUUCUGGCAGAGGUGGUUCAGACCCUCCAGGAGAGAGUGGGCGAGCUCAUGGACCAGAACUCAUUCCCAAUGACUCAGAAAUAAAGGGACUAGUAUGAUUUUAAAAAGAAGGCAUAUUUAUGGAAAUGUUGCAAGUGUUUGGGUUUUGAGGAUAUUAAUAGGGUGUACAAGUUUGAAACUGCAGUGUUGUUUAACCAUUUGGAUUGUUUUUGUCAUGUUGAAGUGAGGAUAUUGUAAAAUGUGUGAGUAAAGUUAUGAAGACUUUGCUUGUU